CGAAUGCCCGGUGAUAAAGCCAAGCAGAUCAACUCUGUCUUCCCAUCUAGGGAGGACCGUGGACUCUGCUGGAAAUGGUUCUAGUACAGUACUCGGAGUCGGAGUCGGAGUCGGAGUCAGAGUCGGAUUCUGAGCCCGUCCACGCUUCUCAACCACCCGCCAAAAGGCUCUGUACCACCAAACCAUCGCCGACGCAACAAUCCCUUCCUCUACCCCCGCUACCAGCAGCCUUCCAUGACCUGUAUGCCUCAAGCACUCGUGUUAGUGUCAGGGAUGAUCCAAGUCUUCACGGGGGUCGUAAACGGGUUAUCCCUCAUGUUGAGGGCAACUGGCCGACGCACCUGUAUCUGGAAUGGUACGCGUCCAAAACAGAGCUUACUCUUCUGAGCGAUGUGAUACUGCAGAUCCAACAAAAGCUGCUCCACGGGAGCAAAACAGAGCUUCACAGCCUGCUUCAUAGUGAUCUUGGCGCCCAACUGCCUCUGCACAUCAGUUUAUCGAGGCCGGUGGUGCUCCGGACUGAGCAGCGUCAGCCCUUCCUGGAGGCUUUUCAGUCUGCGAUGGAGCAAUCCCAUUGUGCGCCGUUCGACACCACAGCAGAUAGUGUGGACUGUGUAUCCAACUACGAAAAGACGCGGUGGUUCUAUGUCUUGCGGGUGCGCAGCCCCGAACAUGAUGAGCUGAACCGUCUGCUGAAGUUAUCCAACCGUGCGCUGGCUCGCUUUGGCCAACCGCCUCUUUACGAGGUCGCCGUGCCGCCGUCGUUGUCCCCCCGAUUGGGAAAUGACUCUGCGGCGAAGAAAACGCGAGUCACGAAGCCGGCCGAGGAAAAUGACUACUCGCAUUGCUUUCACGUCUCCCUUGCCUGGAGUCUAACGGAGCCAUCAGCGGCAGAGAAGGAACAGCUUGCGACCACCGAUCUGCACAAGCUGCGCGAUCUGAAAAUCGGCUUUGAUUGUGUCAAGGUGAAAAUAGGCAACCAGAUAUUCAGCAAUUCCCUAGCAUAAUUCUGG